AUGGAAUCUGCGGGUGCACUGGAGGCAGCAGCAGGAGGAACGUCUACGAUCAGCGCGCCGCAGCGGCGCCUGAAGAACGUGACGCGCACUGUGGAGUGCAAGCUCAGAGAUCUGCUUCAGCCGUGGAUCGCACAACGCUCUAAUAUAGAGACUCUGUCGGAGUUCCUGUCGACGGGCGUCGCGCCAGAGCCCGGCGCAGCCGUCAAACCGCUCUUCCACUACAACGCCGCAGAGGGCGUCCUGCGGGUGGCACCCCUUACAGUGCUGCAGCUUGCUUGCGGCGGUGACUUCAGCACCCUGGAGCUGCCCAGCAAGAUCGGCCCCAAUGGUGUUGGCCGGGGCCUGAAGGCAGUGUUUGGCGGCGCUGAGCUGGACGUGCAGUGCCGAGGAGCGCUCGGCGCUGCGGCGGUGAGCGCGGGCAGCAAGCAUGUGGAGGUGUUCAUGCGGCUUCGGGUGUCGGCAGACUGGGCAAAGCGGCCAGAUGAGCUGCAGUCUGCGCUGCAGGCAGCGCUGGGUGUCGGCGAGGGAGAGCAGGAAGUGCCGGCAGACGAGCAGGCAGCUGCAGAGGAGCUAGCAUCGCCACAGCAAGACAGUGCCCUCAAAAAGCGCAAACGCGGCUUCAGUCGCAGCAUUCUGGAAAAGAGCAGGGUGCAUCUGGGGGGCAACGAGCAGCAGCAGCAGCAGCAGCAGCAGCAGCAGCAGCAGCAGGAGCACGAGCAGCAGAAGCAGCAGGAGCAGCCGGAGCAGGAGCAGGAGCAGGAGCGGGAGCGGGAGCGGGAGCGGGAGCGGGAGCGGGAGCGGGAGCGGGAGCGGGAGCGGGAGCGGGAGCAGGUGCAGGAGCAGGAGCAGGAGCAGGAGCAGGAGCAGGAGCAGGAGCAGGAGCAGGAGCCAGGACCUAAGAAACACAAGCACCCUGCAGAUCAAGGGGCGACGCAGGGGCAGCAGCGAGACAUGGAAGCGCACACACAUGCGCUGGGGGUGCGGGCAGCUGUUGGAGUUUCGCACCGUAUGGAGAGAGCGCAGCUCCUCGGCCCCAAGCAGCCGACGCCAGCGCCACGGUCGCCGACGCCACCCCGGCCUGCGCCCGCGUCGCCGUCGCCAGCGCCCAGCCGCCAGCAAGAGGAGCAGCAGGAGCAGCAGCAGCAGCAGCAGCAGCAGGAGCAGCAGCAGCAGCAGCAGCGGCAGCAGCAGCAGCAGCAGCAAGAGCAAGACUUCGUGCACGCCGUGUUGCACAAGUUUCGGGAGAUGCUGGAGCCGCGCCUCGCCGACAUGGACAUCCGCCUUCCGCCACCUGUGCGAGGCACGCUGACCGGCAGCUUCGCCCGCGGCCGGCGCGGUGGCAUGCUCCAGCGCGCCCACCCAGCCGACGUCGACGAGGCCCUAGCGUCUGCGUCCACACCCGGCGGCGGUGUGGUGGACGGCGGGCAGAUGCGGGUUUAUUUGCCAGCCGGCCCGGUCCUGGGCGAAGCAGUAGUCAUCAAGGUCCCCAUUCCAGUGGUCCCCUGGGUCUUGUCCCCUCUGCAAAUGCAGAACCCGCAGGCCCUGAAGGCCGCACCGCCGGGCAGUGCCAGGGACGUAGACCCUUGGGAUGCGUGCGUGCGCCUCGUGCGCGUGCUGGCGGACCUGCCUUAUAGCGACUCGUUUGAGCAGCUGGUCGCGAUCUGUCCGGAGCGCUGCGCGCUGCUGUUCCCGCGCGCGCCCGGUGAGUCGCUGGGCGAGCUGCUGGGCCGCUGCGCCCCGCCGCCGCGGCCGCCGGCGGGCGCGGCGCCCGAGGAGGCGGCGGAGUGGAAGGCCGCAGCGCUGGCGGCGGCGCGGGCGUUCCCAUGGCUGGGGCGCGUGAGGGUGGCGCUGCUGCUGGCUGAGGCGCUGGAGGAGCUGCACGCCCAGGGCGUUGCCCACAUGGACAUUGCAGCAGGGAACGUGAUGGUGCAGCUGCAGCCGCAGCCCAAGGUCACCCUGAUUGACUUUGGCUGCUCGAGGGACAUCCAGAACGCGCCCAACCGCCAGGUUGAUGCCAGCAGCUACCGCACCAACCACCUCAUGGGGACGUACGGCUACAUGUGCCCCACGUACGCAUCUGACAGCAGCGUGCACGUCAAGGCGGAUGUGUAUGCCGUUGGCGUGAUUAUCCUGCGGCUGAUGACAGGCCUGCCCGCAACGAUGCCAGCCGUCCAGGCCGCAGCAGUGCUGGGCAACGCGCCGGCCGCAGCAGCCCCGGCUGGGCACGGGCAAGGGCAGGCGGCGGCGGAUCCAGCGCAGCUGCUGGCUGCUGCGGCGGGUGGGGCUGCUGGUCCAGACGUGGGUGCCAAGGAGGCCGGCGGCGGCGGCGGCGGCGGCGGUGGUGGUAGCAGCGGCAGUGGCGGUGGCGGCGGCGGCGGUAGCGCGCAGUCCGGGGCCGCUGCAGCGGCUGCGGCCGCUGGCGGGCCGUUCCCCGUGGCCGCCGUGUCCGAGCCUGCCAGCCUCGCCGACCCUGGGAAGCGACAGGAGCUGGUGCAGAUCAACUGA